AUGAGUUGGUACCGCCUCGAGGCCGACGCCGCGCGCCUCCGCCGUGACCUCGCCGACCGCGACCGCGCCGAGGCCGAACUCCGCGCCCGCCUCGCCGACUCCGACGCUCGCCUGGCCGCCGCUCUCGACGAGAACGCGAAGCUGGCCAAGGAAAGGGACUCGCUCGCCGCGACGACCAAAAGGCUGGCCAGGAAUUUGGCAAAGCCUGCAAAUUUUGAUUAG